GUUCCCGGUAUGUCACGUGACUCGCCGUUUGUAAACAUUACCAGGAGGCGGCUGUUUACAAACACACCGUGACUUUGCGUCUGUUCUGACGUUGUUAAUUCCACGCGGAGAGAAAAAAAAGACAUGAUGGAAAUUGAGAAUUCAUAUUUCUUUGGAGAUAUUGGCUGCUGGUCAGAGAGAACCGAGGUGCACAAGGCAGCGUGCCAAGGUGAGACCACCCAGCUGAAGCACCUCAUCCAAAGCGGAGCUUCGGUCAAUGUCGUGGCAGUGGACUCCAUCACACCGCUACACGAGGCGUGCCUCCGCGGACAGACCCAGUGUGUCCGGCUGCUGCUGGAAGCUGGAGCUCAGGUGGAUGCAAGGAAUGUUGAUGGCAGCACCCCGCUGUGUGAUGCCUGUUCAGCUGGUAGUUUGGAGUGUGUCAGACUCUUGCUGGAUCAUGGCGCCAAGGCCAACCCUGCCCUCACCUCCCGCACGGCAUCGCCCCUCCACGAGGCCUGCAUGGGAGGAAACUCAGACUGUGUGAAGCUCCUUAUUGCCACAGGUGCUUGUCUGGAGGCAUACGACCUUUACUACGGGACCCCGCUGCAUGUGGCCUGUGCUAAUGAAAACAUAGAAUGUGUGAAAGAGCUGCUCAAUGCAGGUGCUAAAGUGAAUGCUGCCAGGCUACACGAGAUUCCGCUACAUCAUGCUGCUAAAAACAAGCGAGUUGAGAUAGUGGAGUUACUGCUGGAGUUCGGGGCCAAUGUCUACGCCAGAGAUCAGCACAACAGGAAGCCCAUCGAUUACACCACGCCAGGCUCUCCCUCUGCAACCUGCCUACAGCUUUAUGAGACCACCCCCAUGACUCUGCAGCAGCUCUGCAGGUUGGCAGUGAGGAAGAAGUUGGGCACCAGAGCUGUAAAGGCCAUAAGUCAACUAGACGUACCUAAACUCAUUAUCAGCUACCUCUGCUAUCAGUGAGUCUUACCUGGAGGACAAGUUGGAUCAAGGUUUACAGAAACCUAGAAACUUACAGACGUGCUGCAUAAUUUUAAGAAAAACACAGCAAAGGUGCCACUGCAUUAGACGUGAUAAUAGUAUACACACAGUUUAGCUGCACUUUCAAAUGAAUAGGAGUAUCCUAGCUCCUCUGUUGGAGUUGUUUAGGUGCUGUAAAUUAUUUCAUCGUAUUCACACUCACGUUACCCAUGGGCUUUAUCCAGGUAAAAGAAUUACUAAGCUAUUUUAGAUAACCAGAACUGGAAUACCCUUCAGUCUGUGAAAUGUAGACACCUUGUGCCAUAAUAAACAGCAGGAUACCAGUCCAAUGAUAAUUCUCCUGCCUAGUUUGCUCUGUGACACUGGCCCUUAGGAGCACAGAGCAUUCUUCUACUUGAAACAUAGCAAAGCGAAAGAAGGAUGAUGUUGUUAAUGAGGUCGGUUCCCUGCAUGUCCUUCCUGAUCAAGUCAUGAAAGAUGUCACCUGUAUCUAACACAAAGCAACAGCAGGGCCAGUCAUGAUGACAAAUGUAUGCACAUAAUUGAAUUGAUUGAUAAUCUACAUAAUUUUACUUUUCCUCUAUUAAUGUAAAUAUACUGUUUGGAUUUGGACACUUAAUGCUGGGGUAGGCAGUUUUGCUUCAUUAGGCAAAAAUCCUAUAAAAAGCAUAUUGUAAUCCAAGAGGUCUGGGAGAAAACCAGACUCCGACACCUCCUCUUGGCUCUGUUUUCAGGCUUUAGGAAAUCUAGCCUGUGAUGGGAGACUUUGCUCAACAAAUGCAGAUGUAUAUCCCUUAAGAUGGUGAAAGCCUGUUUCAGUGGCAGAGAAUCCUGCAAAAAAGUCGCUAUUCAACCUGCAAAGCAACCCCAAGAAGGAAGACAGAUUUAUCGAAAAGAGAGGCUAAAAAAGACUCGGACAAUAAAUGAAACAAAACCUGCAUCAUUAUCCGCAAAACAUUUUAGGGACGGAUUGAAAAUGUUGCUGAUACUUGAGUCUUCUUUUUACCAGAGCCAAAAGCUCAUGGCUGCUUCAAGUUCAGGUUUAUAUAGCUAACAUUGGCUAGAGCCUUGAAUCACAGUGUGUCCUCCGCCUUACUGCUACAGACCACCUUGCUGGGAGGAGAAUGGGCAGCAGCUCCAGUGACAGAACCCCAGUCCGUGGCUGCAACAGUGUGCAAACGGCCAGUGCAGACCCACAGCCCCGACAACCCACAAGAGCAGCAGUGCUGGUGGUUUUCACUGGCCGAAUUUGAGCUGCUACAGCUGCAGACCAAAGGUCUGUCUAUCGAACUCCUGCCAACUAUCCUCCCGGAUAAGCAGUCCACAAUGGUGGGGAGCGAGGCGGAGAGUCAGUAUCUAGCUAAAUUCUGUCUCAUUUGUGGUUUGAUAAACAGAAAUAGAGAGAGCAGUGUAAUGAGGGGCUGAGUGAGUGAGCUGCGUGCAGCUCUACAGUGACAUGAGAUUAAAUAAAUCAAUGUAUGUGAAACACUUGGUUACAGUAUGAAGCACAUGCAUAUACCUGUGGUUGUCUGGUGGGAGGGGCUUAGGAUAGAGAUGGGGGAGCUGCAGGAGGAGGGUGUAUUGUUUUGUUUUGUUUUUUGCUUUUUCCAGAUUCUGUCUACCCCAACUUGAACCUGCUGACAGGAAAUAACAACCUAUGAAUAGAGAGCCAAACUGUCUCCCCAACAGAAGCCUAUUGUGGAAAAAGCUGCACUCACCUUUUCUCCAUUUGGCUCCCUUUAUUAUAAACUAUCACAGUCACUAGCUGAGGUUGAUAAACAUGAGCGCACUUUGUGAAGGUUAUAUUUGCUAAGUAUUUCUUAAUGGAGGUUCCAGUGUGUCAUCCUGCAGCUAUUAAAGUCUUAAAUAGAAUUUAAACAAAAAGUUAAGAACUUGCACUACCAGAGGAGAGUGUGUUCCUAAUAUUAGAUUUUUAAUGUGUUUUUAUUUGAGCUAGAAGCCAAGUGUCAGAGCUCAGGGAGAGGAAGAAGUCAAAUGGCACAGUUUUUGGCAAUGAAGGAAACUUCAGUCAUCAUUCUUCUGCUCAACUAAAGGUUGCUGGAUUUGCUGGGAAAAUGCAUGCACGUCACAAAACUUGCAUGUGUACUGUAAAUGCUGAGUAGCGGUUAAAAUGUGAAAUGAGUCAUUGCGUGCAUGCUCAGUCAACAUUCCCUGGAUAACAAAAGGCUGUUUCUUUUAAAAAUGGAACCGGGCAGCGCCGUUUUCACAGCAGCACUCAGAGUGACACUCUCCAGAUGCUACUUCUCUUCAUUUCAGAUUCCUGUGAUUCACACCCCACGCUUAGCGACAGCCUUUGUUUCAUACAGACACUGAAGUUCCAAGGAGACAGAGAUCCUGGCAGCCUAUUUAUAGCUGCGUGUCUGAUGCUCCACUAAAUCUGUUCAUAGAAAGGACCCAGAGAUCACACUGAGGUCUUAGUGUCUUUAGAAGGAGGGGCAGGAAGCUGUUUAUGAAUUACAUGAAGUGCUUUAGAUUGUUUUAUUGGCUCUCUUCUAAGUUGACAUGACCUAUUUGUGAAGUUUUAUAAGUUAUCCAUAUAGGUCGAAUCAGGCCAAACACCCACUUUUAGAUUUUGUUGUCAGGCUUAAUAUAAUUUACUCCCUGACACCAAAACACUGUCAGAUAAGUAAGUGUAACUUCAGUAUUUUACAAUCUGAACCCUAUUUUCACGUGUUUUUGUGUCUAAAUGACCAAUGAGAACAACAAUUUUUCGAAAAUGGUCGGGCAUUGAGUAAGAGCGCUGAAGCCGGCAGCUGCGAAACAGGUUGCAAUAUCGCAUCAUUAUACGUUCACUAAAAGUGCCUUCUUUUUAUCACUGACAGACUCAAAUUGUUGUUUGAAGUGUCUGACAUUAUGAAAAUGAUCCCUACAGAGAAAACCUUUGUUUUUACCUUUCCCUUGAUCCAGUAUGUUUGUUUGUCUUCCCACAAAAACUUAACUGCUGAGACUUCAGAGCGAGAUGUCUCCUUCAGUGACACUUGGUUAGACACAAUAAUCAAGCAGUAAUUAAAGAAAAUGUUUUAUUAUUAUGUUAUCAGACCCUUAAAAUAAGAAAUCUGAGCCUGUCAGUGGCAAAAACAAGCACUUUUAGUGGACAUACAUUUAUGGCCUACUAUUUUGAGGUUGCCUUCUGUUGUGCUCUCACUCAACACUAGACCAGUUUGAAAAAUGUGUCGUUCCCAUUAGUCGCAAACAGGGUCCAGGUUGAAAAAUACAUAGGAUUCCCUUUAAAGACAUGGGCCAGCACAGGAUAAAGUUUGGGAAUACACGUGAUUGAUAUCAACAGACCAAGAAAUCAAAUUGUUUGGUUGCAUUCUCUCCCCCCCCCCCCCCCACUCACCAAUGAUCUGAACUUUAGCUGCUGCUGUUGUCACCUCAGAAACACAUUCCAACUUUAACAGAGAACUUAAUUCUAAGUACUUCAGGAUAUUCUGGCUUUGCUCAUAUGAAAGCUGCAUUAGACCAGAAUUUUACAUGAAAAAUAAUAGCCUCACUAAACUAUGUUUUUACAUAGUGGAACCCAACCAAAGCUGGUUCUGAUUUUGAGAAUUUAACAAAACAAAAGAUAACAAUAUAUCGACUGAAACUAGCUUUUUAAAACCUGUAAUAUAAUGGGCACAUUAUUUCUAAACUACCUCUAUUUUUGGCAUGGCUGUUCUAUAAUUUCUUGUUAUACAUUGACCAACAUACCAAUAAUAUGUGCUAUAAGCUAAUAAUAAUCAGCCCGGUCAGGAUCUAAUUAUCAUAGCAUGGUAUGCAGUUGACAAUGUACAGUUAUGCAGUGUAAAUUAGGAUUAACCAUGUAAAAACAGUGGUAUAGUUCUUCAGUCCUCAAUCUGAAUCACAAACUGCAAAAUAGCACUGAGCAAAUGAUGUGUCCACAAACAACAAAACUCUUAAGAUUUUUUCCUUUUUUUCCCCCUUAGUAUGAAGUAGAAAACCCAGUCCACGUGCAGUUUGCUGAGUUCACCCUUCAGGAUUUUGGGGUGUUUUUAAGUUCACAGUUUUUAAAUCAUUUGCAUCUAUGCGGAGCUGCCAGCGGGCAUCGCUACCAUACCUUGAUCUUCAAAGAGCACGAGGCCAUCUGUCAGCUCUCAUGGAGGUCUGCACCUGUGUGUUUACUGUUUGUCUGACAGACCUUCACAAAGCAUUCAAAAGCAAUAUAUCAUGCCUUCAGACCCUCAUCCAAAUCUCUCUUUUCACUCCCUCAUUUCGCUCUUUCUCCCUAAACGUGCCCGGGCUGCACGAUGCUGGCCUGAAUAAGAAGUUUGUCUGCUGCACUCCAUAAAUAUGCCAAGCUGUUAAGGUUUGUUUAAUCAAAAUAUAAAUUCCUAGAAACUAAUCUUCCAUCAUUACAAGAUAUUUUGACUGGUUUUCAUGCUGCAAAAAUGCAGGCCAGUACAGUAUAAUCUUAGGCAGUAAAUAAUGCUGAAGCACUGCAUAGAUCUCUCUUCUCCUUCCCAUGGAGCGUUCCCUUUAAGACUCAAAAUAUCCGAGCCUGAUAUAGACAAGGUUUCUACUUAAGGCUCCUCAGCAGCACAAGGGACUGGAAAAAACAGACAUGCAGAGAAUGUCCAGUUAUCUAACAUGAGAAAUGGUCCUUGCUCCAAAAUAGGAAUGUUGAACUUCAGGUUGAACAACAGAGCCGUUGGUUUGUUUUGAAACGUUCCUCUCGGUUCAUCAGGUUAAACGACACCGGCCAUCCCCUCUGUUUAAGUGUUGUCUUAUUAAUGUGAAUAAAGUCAGGUUUAAUCUGCUCCGAUGUUGGAAACACACUGAUUUAUCUGUUGAAGGUGCUACAGAAAAACUGAUAAAUCAUCCCACAAAAAUGUGUCAAGAAUAUUUAUCUUACUAAGCUGUACAGAAGUGUUGCUCUGAAUAUGAUGAAUAUAUGUUGAUAUAUUGAAUAAAUUGUACUGUUGA